ACAGCUCGAGGAUGGACACAGCAGCUAAGACCACCUUGUUGUUGUUGUUGUUGUUGCCGUUCCUCAGCUUCAGUGUUGCUCAAAAUGUAACACAAAGUGGAACGGGAAUACUCAAUGUUGGAGCUAUCCUCGAUCUGCAGUCUCUGGUGGGCAAAAUAGCACGUACUAGCAUUCUGAUGGCUAUGGAGGAUUUCUAUGCAGUCCACAGGAAUUAUACAACAAAGCUGGUUCUCCACAUCAGGGAUUCCAACGGAGACAAUAUCCGAGCUGCAUCAGAAGCUGCGGACCUGCUGGAAAACUACUCUGUAGGGGCCAUCAUCGGUCCACAAAAAUCUUCAGAAGCAACUUUUGUGUCUGAUAUUGGGAACCACAGUAAAGUCCCUGUUAUCUCCUUCACAGCAACAAAUCCCGCUCUUUCAUCUGGUAAUGUGCCAUAUUUUUUGCGAGCAACUCUAAGUGAUGCUGCUCAGGUAAAUAGCCUUGCUGCUCUCAUUAAGGCAUAUGGCUGGAGGGAAGUGGUGCCCAUAUAUGAGGAGACAGACUUUGGCAGGGGCAUCAUACCUUACCUGGUUGAUGCCCUCCAAGAGUUUGGAGCUUCUAUGCCAUAUCGCAGUGGCAUCUCUCAAUCAGCAAACAGUGACCAAGUUGAAAAAGAACUAUACAAGCUAAUGACAAUGCAAACAAGGGUUUACAUUGUGCACAUGUCAUCAGCUACUGGCUCCAUUCUAUUCACAAAGGCCAAAGAGUUAGGAAUGAUGAAUGAGGGAUAUGCGUGGAUUUUGACAGAUGGGAUAGCAAAUAUUGUUAACUCACUGAACCCCUUGGUUCUUGACGCAAUGGAUGGUGCAUUGGGUGUGAGAUUCUAUGUGCCUAGAUCAAAGGAACUUAGUGAUUUUACUAGAAGAUGGACUAUGAGGUACAAACAAGAAAACCCAAAUGAUCCACCAACGGAGCCAAGUAUUUUCGGGCUCAGGGGUUAUGACACUAUUUGGGCUUUGGCACAAGCAGCAGAAAAGGUAAGCAUGACCAAUGACAUGUCUCAGAAGCAGCAACACAGGAAAAACUCGAUGUGUCUUAGAACUUUGGGUGUGUCAACAAUUGGUCCAAAACUCCUGGAUGCAAUCUCACGGAACAAGUUCAGAGGCUUAAGUGGCGAUUUUGACAUUACAAGCAGGCAAUUGCCAUUCUCCAUAUUCCAGAUAAUUAAUGUGGUUAGAAGAGAGUCGAAAGAAAUAGGUUUCUGGACAGCAAAGAAUGGAAUUGUGAGGAAUUUGAAUCAAAAUGGAUUCAAACACACCUAUCUAAACUCUAUACCUGAUCUCAAUCCAGUUUUUUGGCCAGGAGAAGUGCAUGUAGUUCCUAAAGGAUGGCAAAUUCCCACUAAUGGAAAGAAACUCCGAGUAGGUGUACGGACAAGUGGAUAUCCUGAGUUUAUGAAGGUGGAAAGGAAUCCAGUAACCAAUGCAACAACUGCCACUGGGUAUGCAAUUGAUGUAUUUGAAGAGGUGUUAAGGCAGCUCCCAUAUGCAAUCACUUAUGAAUAUGUAGCAUUUGAUAGUUCACAAGGAGUAAGCAAUGGUAGCUAUAAUGAUUUUGUCUACCAAGUCCAACUUGGGGUAUACCAAAUAGCAAUUGGGGAUAUAACCAUCAGGUACAAUAGAACUUCCUAUGCUGACUUCACACUGCCUUAUACUGAAUCUGGAAUAGCAAUGAUUGUGCCAGUCAAGGACGACACGAGUAAGGAUACAUGGAUAUUCUUGAAGCCAUUAACUACUGAUCUGUGGAUUGGAAGCAUCGUGUUCUUCAUAUUCACAGGUGCUGCCAUCUGGCUAUUGGAGCGACGAAUUGACAAUACUGAACUGACAGGUUCCAUUUCCCGCCAGCUCGGGAUAGCAAUAUAUUUCCCCAUCUUUGUAGAUAAGGAGAGGGUGCAAAGUAUUUUGUCCAGAUUGGUUAUCAUUGUAUGGUUUAUAGUUUUACUCGCUAUUACGUCAAGUUAUACAGCCAGUUUAUCAUCGCUGCUUACUGUGCAGCAACUUCAACCCACAGUAACUGAUGUUCAUGAACUCCUUAGGAAAGGAGAAUAUGUAGGAUAUCAUAAUGGUUCUUAUGUAGGGGACCUAUUAGAACAGCUUGGUUUUGACAGAAGAAAGAUCAGGUCCUACAAUAAUCCAGAUGAUUUUGCCGAUGCACUCUACAAAGGGAGCAAAAAUGGUGGUAUUGCUGCACUCAUACAUGAAAUUCCAUAUAUCAAAAUAUUCCUCGCUACGCAUUGCAAAGGUUACACAAUGGUUGGACCAAUUUACAAGUCUGAAGGGUUUGGUUUUGCAUUCCCCAAGGGAUCCCCUCUGGUCUACGACUUUUCAAGGGCAAUCCUCAGCAUAACAGAGGGAGAUGUCAUCAUUCAUAUGGAAAGGAAAUGGAUAGGAGACCAACCUUCCUGUCAGAAUGACGGUGCCAUCAUCGGCUCUAGCAGAUUAAACUUCAAAAACUUUUCAGGACUCUUUCUACUCACGGGAAUUGCUUCAACUUCUGCCCUUUUGAUAGCCCUGGUGAUGUUCCUCUACAAGAAGCACAAGAUAAGAAAUAGUACAGGGCCCAAUCAGAUUCAGAUAGAAUAUGACGCAGAGUAUAUAAAUGAACGAACUCAAGAAACGACUACAGAAUCUAACCCGUCCCAGAACAUGCAGUUAACUGUACCAGAUGAUUCAGAUAGCUACGCCUGCCAACAAGAGAUAGAAAUAUCCAGAGAACUAAGUCCUAGUUCAGAAGUGCAAACAACUCCCGAUUUUACACCUCAUGGAACAUCAAGCAAUGGUUUGUAGCGCCAAGCUAAUCAGCUAUAUUC